GUCAUUUUAUUUUGUGCAGCGAAUAGCAGUAACAAAUUGUAAAAAAAGUUUGUGGAGCUUUACUGUCGGCUUCCAUACAAACAUUUUUAAAACAGAAAAAUUAUUUCUCAUAAGUUAAGCUCAAUGUUUCUUGCUAGCACGACACUUUUGCUCGGAUGCAUCGUGGUUGUAAAUGGUGGAAUGUACAGAGGCCGGAAGCAUCGUCCAGCGCCACCUAGACAAUGCAUAUAUAAUGGUGGUACGAUCAGUGAAGGCGCUUCGUACAUGAUCGACUGCAACACGUGUACUUGCAGGAAGAAUGGAAACAUAGAAUGUACACGAAUGGCUUGCAGAAAAGACUGUCAACAUGGUGGUGGUAUUGUAAAGGACGGUGCCCAAGUUCAAGACUACUGUAAUACUUGCACGUGCAACAAUGGUGUUAUGGACUGUACAAAAAAUAACUGCAGAAAAGACUGUCAACAUGGUGGUGGUAUUGUAAAGGACGGUGCCCAAGUUCAAGACUACUGUAAUACUUGCACGUGCAAAAAUGGUGUUAUGGACUGUACAAAAAAGAACUGCAGAAAAGACUGUCAACAUGAUGGUGGUAUUGUAAAGGAAAGUGCCCAAGUUCAAGACUACUGUAAUACUUGCACGUGCAAAAAUGGUGUUAUGGACUGUACAAAAAAGAACUGCAGAAAAGACUGUCAACAUGGUGGUGGUAUUGUAAAGGACGGUGACCAAGUUCAAGACUACUGUAAUACUUGCACGUGCAACAAUGGUGUUAUGGACUGUACAAAAAAGAACUGCAGAAAAGACUGUCAACAUGGUGGUGGUAUUGUAAAGGACGGUGCCCAAGUUCAAGACUACUGUAAUACUUGCACGUGCAAAAAUGGUGUUAUGGACUGUACAAAAAAGAACUGCAGAAAAGACUGUCAACAUGGUGGUGGUAUUGUAAAGGACGGUGACCAAGUUCAAGACUACUGUAAUACUUGUACGUGCUACAAUGGUGUUAUGGACUGUACAAAAAAGAUUUGCCGAAAAGACUGUCAACAUGGUGGUGGUAUUGUAAAGGACGGUGUCCAAGUUCAAGAGUACUGUAAUACUUGUACCUGCUACAAUGGUGUUAUGGACUGUACAAAAAAGAAUUGCGGGCAAAACUGUCAAUAUAAAGGUGCAACCUAUAAAGACGGUGAUUCAUUUCCAGACGACUGUAAUACGUGCACAUGCAACAAUGGUAAAGUCGGCUGUACGGAAAAAGCUUGCCAAAAACCUGGUCAAUGUCCACGUCCCACUGGACCCGGCAUCUGUGUAAACUUGUGUACAGGCGAUUUAAGCUGUCCAGGAAACCAGAAAUGUUGUAGUAAUGGAUGUGGUCAAACAUGUAUGCCGCCAGUAGGCGUAGGACCUGACUGUAGUUCUAUAACCUGUCCGGAGCGGUUUUGUGUGGGCAGUUAUGUUCCUGACGGGAUGUGUUGUCCUGUAUGUCCACGUACCGGAUACUGAUCUCACUCCAGAUGGUUUUUUCAAUACUGCUCAUCACUAGCAAACUGACCAACUUCUAAAUUUCGUGCCUAGAGAUGUCGGCAGUCAUCAUCAACAACAUUUGUAACAGUAACGGGCUUCUCAUUUCUGUUUUAUUCUUGUACACAUUGCCCCUGUACCAUGUAAAUAAAUCUAGCGUAUAUA